AUGUCCACGUCAACAUCGCCGGCCACCUUGCGGGCCGCUGGCUGGACAUCAUGGCAUCACACAGCCAUGACAGUCUGGCCAACCUUCAUAGAAAUAGAUGACGGUGAAUGGGAAGACUUUGUGCUUGAGAGGUACAAAGCAUACUGGAAGAGAAAAUUAAAAUCAGGUCUACCACAUGAGACCCCGAUGCCUCUCCUCUACAAAAAAGACUUCAAGAAGCUUCCUAUGUGGGCGUUUGAAGAUGCUUACAACCAGGAUGCUCAACCUAGACCAAGAACAUGUGAUCAUUCUCUGCAAAACUCUCAGGAUGAGAAAUUCAGGAAGGCUUUUCUUCCUAACAUACGCUUGUUUCUGCACAAAGACAGUAUUAACAUGAGCGAGUGGAAUCGACUUUCACAUUUUAACAAUCCUUUUGGUUUCAUGGAGUACAAGUAUGACGAUGUGAUGGAUUCAGUGAAGCUGAUUCCAAAGCCAAAAGAGCCAAUGCUUCUCCCAAAACCAGGUGAUGAUGGCUGUGUGCGCUGUGCUGUGGUGGGUACUGGAGGAAUCCUAAACGGCUCAAAGAAGGGUGUGGAGAUUGAUAGGCAUGAUUAUGUUUUUCGGAUGAAUGGUGCCAUCACCAAGGGUUAUGAGGAAGAUGUAGGAAACAAAACAUCAGUUUACGUUCACACAGCCCACUCUAUCACGACAUCACUUUCCUUGCUGAAGAAGUAUGGGUACAAAUCUGCCCCUCAUGACGAGGGUAUAAAAUAUGUGUUGAUUCCAGAGGGGAUGAGGGAUUUCCAGUGGCUCAAGGCUCUUCUGAGAGGAGAAAAGGUCUCUGCUGGACCAUACCGCAAUAAACUACCAAGGACCUACUAUUCAGGGCAAUACAAUGAAAGUCGUGUCUACGUUCUGCACCAGGACUUCCUCCGAUAUGUGCGGAACAGGUCAGCCUGCAGUUAACACCCUGUACACAGUAUUUUUGUUAAAAGGACUAUGAAUAUUUAGAAGGAAGCUGAGAAUGAUCUCCAAACUGGAGGUGAAUUAACUGAUCUAAUAGAGACUGAUCAGUCAUGAAGGUAUUAUUCAUGACUGUUUUAUCAUCUGGGACUUAACUCCAGGCCACUAUGCA